AUGGCGCCCCAGGGCCCCAUUACCACACCGCUCACGACCCUGCUGGGGAUCAAGCACCCCAUCAUCCUCGCGGGCAUGGCGCGCACCUCGGGGGGCCACCUCGCGGCCGCCGUCUCCAACGCGGGCGGGCUGGGCGUCAUCGGCGGCUUCAUGUACACGCCGGACCAGCUGCGCGACAUCAUCAAGGACCUCAAGGACAACCUGGCGUCGCCGGACCUGCCGUUCGGCGUGGACCUGGCGCUGCCGCAGGUCGGCGGCGGCGCGCGGGCGACCAACCACGACUACACGGGCGGCAAGCUCGACGAGCUCGUCGACAUCACCAUCGAGUCGGGCGCGCGGCUGUUCGUGUCGGCCGUCGGCGUGCCGCCCCGGCGCGUCAUCGAGCGGCUGCACGCGGCGGGCAUCCUCGUCAUGAACAUGGUGGGCCACCCGCGGCACGCGGCCAAGGCGCUGGACCUGGGCGUCGACAUGGUCUGCGCGCAGGGCGGCGAGGGCGGCGGCCACACGGGCGACAUCGCGGGCACGGUGCUGAUCCCCGCCGUGGCCGACGUGGCGGCGCGGUACCGCCCGCCCAUGCUCGGGGGCUCGCCGGCGCUGGUCGUCGCGGCGGGCGGCAUCGCCGACGGGCGCGGGCUGGCGGCGGGCCUGAUGCAGGGCGCCGCGGGCGUGUGGGUCGGCACGCGGUUCGUGGCCAGCGCCGAGGCCAACUGCAGCCAGGAGCAAAAGGACGCCGUCGUGAGCUGCGGGUUCGACGGCACGGAGCGCACGCUCGUGCUGUCGGGCCGGCCCCUGCGCAUGAAGACCAACGACUACAUCCGCCGGUGGCACGAGAAGCCCGACAAGAUCAGGGAGCUCUGCGACAAAGGGAUCACGCCGAUCGACUGGGACAUGGACGAGGGCAACGACAUCGACUUCCCGCACCUCAUGGGCCAGGUCGCCGGCGCGAUCCGCAAGGUGCAGCCGGCCGGGGAGAUCGUGGACGAGAUGGUGGCGCAGGCGGUGGAGAUGCUGAGGAGGGGAGGGGCUUAUCUGAACGGGGGCGGUGACCGGAGUCGGCUGUAG